AGAUAAUGAGUUGACACACUUCUGAUCCUCGCUCAGUCUCAGCUCAGAGGGUCCAUGUCUCAACAUCAGAGAGAUGGAUUGUUCUGUCUUCACUUUGUCUCUGCUGUGUCUUCUCCCGCUCGUGGACCUCAUUGCGUCUCUUGAAUGCAGCUCAACACAAUACGCAUGGCCAAGUGGAAACCCUCAAUUUUGCUGCGACAAGUGCAAACCAGGAACAUACAUAAAAUCACGUGAUAAGACGACGUGUACGAUCGACUGUCGGCCCUGCACUGGAAACCUCUACACGGACACAUACAACGCCAAAGAAUGCAAAAACUGUGGAGACUGCGACAAGGAAAACAUGGAGGAGGUUGUGUCGUGUCGCUCCACUCACGCCAUCGAGUGUCGGUGCAAAGCAGGAUUUAACUGCGGAGACGACGAGUGCAGCUACUGUACAGAGACCCCAGCCACAGCAGCGCCCUCUACUGCCACCAGAGGAACUACAGCUGCCUCUACAAACUCCACCCAAGAUACCGUCUGGUUCAUGAUCAUCAUCUGUCUCUUGUGUUUGGGCAUCGCUCUGGUGAUUCUGACGAAGAUGAAGACUCUGCUCCUCCGCCUCGUAAACAGUAAAAGUGUUAAAUUUAAAAUCCAAGAGGAAGAGGGGGAAGAGGAGAAAGAGGAGGAGCCAUCUACCCCCGUCCAGGAGGUGUGCGGCAAAUGUGACCAGCUCAUCGACGUCUGA